AUGGCUAAUCCCAGUGCUGUCUGCAAUGGACAUCUACAUCAUCAUCAGAAACAGAAUAAUCUCCUAAAAAGUGGAAUCUCUAACAAAAAUGGAAUUACAAACAGAAUUAAGAAGAAUGGAGUAUCAAAUGGAAGUCUCUACAAAAAACCAUUCAUUGAGCACUUUGAACAGACACCAAUGUAUGUUGCUGUUUUUACUUUCCUGGGUUAUGGAGUAGGAACAGUGUUUGGCUACCUGCGAGAUUUUAUGAGAUCCUGGGGAUUAGAAAAACGUGAUGUUGCUACAGAGAGAGAACAACAAAAAGAUUUUGUGCCACUUUAUCAAGAUUUUGAGAACUUUUACACCAGAAACCUCUAUAUGAGAAUACGUGAUAACUGGAAUCGUCCAAUUUGCAGUGUCCCGGGGCCUCUGUUUGACCUCAUGGAACGUGUUACAGAUGAUUACAACUGGACGUUUAGGUUUACAGGAAGAACUAUCCAGAAUGUAAUCAAUAUGGGUUCUUAUAACUACCUCGGCUUUGCAGAAACAGAUGCUAAUGCAUUGAAAACUGUGGCCAAAGAGUUACAAAAAUACGGAACAGGAAUCUGCAGUACCAGACAAGAAAUGGGCACUCUGGACAAGCAUGUAGAACUGGAGAAACUUGUGGCCAGGUUCCUUGGUGUGGAAGAUGCCAUGGUGUUUGGCAUGGGCUUUGCAACUAACUCUAUGAAUAUUCCAGCCCUUGCUGGGAAGGGCUGCCUCAUUUUGAGUGAUGAGCUGAACCACACUUCUCUCGUUCUUGGUGCGAGGCUUUCAGGUGCUACUAUUAGAAUCUUCAAGCACAACAACAUACAGAGUCUUGAGAGUCUACUGAAGGAUGCAAUAAUAUAUGGGCAACCUCGAAGCCACAGAGCUUGGAGAAAAAUUAUCAUCCUUGUGGAGGGCAUUUACAGCAUGGAAGGCUCCAUCGUGCGCCUGCCUGAGAUCAUCUCCUUGAAAAAGAAAUACAAAGCCUACCUCUACUUGGAUGAAGCUCACAGCAUUGGUGCAGUGGGAGCAACAGGCAGGGGAGUUGUGGAGUACUUUGGGAUGAAUCCUGAUGAUGUCGAUGUAUUAAUGGGAACAUUCACAAAGAGCUUCGGUGCAGCUGGAGGGUACAUAGCUGGCAAAAAGGACCUUGUGGACUUUUUACGAACUCAUUCUCACAGUGCUGCGUACGCCACAUCCAUGUGUCCACCUGUAGCAGAGCAAAUCAUCAGGGUGAUAAAGUGUCUCAUGGGACUAGACGGGACAACGCAAGGGCUCCAACGAGUACACCAGCUAGGGAAAAACACAAGAUACUUCAGGCGAAGACUGCAUGAACUGGGCUUCAUCAUUUAUGGCAAUUAUGAUUCUCCUGUUGUCCCCUUGCUCCUUUUCAUGCCUGGUAAGAUGGGGGUUUUUUCAAGACUCAUGUUAGAAAAAAAUAUCGGGGUGGUUGUGGUUGGAUUUCCAGCUACCUCUAUCACAGAAUGCAGGGCUCGGUUUUGUGUGUCAGCUGCACAUACACGGGAGAUGUUAGACACAGUUUUGAAUGCUCUGGAUGAAUUGGGUGAUUUUCUAUAUCUGAAGUAUUCCCGGUAUUCCAAGUCAGCUCAUUCUGAACUGUAUGAAGAAACCAGGUUUGAACUUGAAGAUUAAGUUUUCCACCCUUGAAGAGAAUAUUACGAUGCUAUG